UCUUAAUGAUAUGAUGUGGCUGAGUUAUGUAAAUUGUUUUUUCAUGUGAGCAGAUGGAAUAUUGGAAAUCACACCGGACGCUUAAAUGUGCAAGGGAAAUCGAUGAGGGCACACCUGAGUGUGGUUUUGAACUCUUGCCUUCUUACUUAUACAUGAUAAGAAGGGCAAAUCCGAAUACAGUUACGCGUCUUCAAAUCGAUGAGCUUGGAAGAUUCAUGUAUGUGUUUCUUGCGUUUGGUGCGAGCGUUAAUGGGUUUCCUUUCAUGCGCAAAGUUGUUGUCGUCGACGGUACGUUUCUUAAUGGUAAAUAUAAAGGGACGCUACUCACAGCACUAGCUCAGGAUGGUAACUUUCAGAUUUUUCCAAUAGCCUUCGCAGUGGUUGACACUGAAAAUGAUGAUUCGUGGAAUUGGUUUUUUACGCAACUAAAAGUGUUGAUUCCUGACCAGGAGGGUCUUGCGAUAAUAUCAGAUAGGCAUAACUCGAUAGGGAAAGCAAUUACAAAUGUGUAUCCGUUAGCUGCUCGUGGAAUAUGCACCUAUCAUUUGUAUAAAAACAUAUUGGGACGGUACAAAGGAAAAGAUGUAUUUCGGCUGGUGAAGAAAGCGGCGAGAUGUUUUAGAAUGUCUGACUUUGAUAUGAUUUUCGAGGAGAUUGAAGCACUUAAUCCUGAUCUCCACGGCUACCUCGAAAGAGCUGAUGUCAGACUGUGGACACGUGUUUAUUUCCCGGGCGAGAGGUACAAUUUGAUGACUACGAACAUAGCGGAAUCAAUGAACAGAGCAUUAUCGCAUGCUAGAGGUCUUAACAUUGUUCGAAUAUUGGAAUCGAUACGGGUUAUGAUGACCAGAUGGUUUGCUGAACGAAGAGUGGAUGCCAGAUCGCAGUCAACCACACUCACGCGCGGUGUGGAGAAACUAUUACAAGGACGUGUAAGUGCCUCCCGGGAUUGGACGGUUCAAAGGAUUGAUGACCAUCACACUGAAGUUAAAUAUGGCGCUGCUGGCGAGUCUUUGAAUGUUGUUAAUUUGGUUGAGCGAAAGUGCACAUGUCGGCGUUUCGAUGUCGAGAAAAUACCAUGUGUACACGCAAUCGCAGCUGCAGAGGAAAGAAAUGUUUCUCGAAUAUCACUGUGCAGUCCUUACUAUAAAAGCACUUAUUUAGCUAGCGCAUACGCUGAAUCGGUCAUGCCGGUUGACUCAGCGCUACCUGUUCCAGAUAACGUGGCUAACGUACAGUGCUUUCCACCGUUUAUUCGUCAACAACCGGGAAGACCUAAAAAAAAUAGGAUGAAAUCUGCUUUAGAAGUUGCACUUGCAAACAAACGUCCUAGGAAAGAGCACAUAUGUUCUCGUUGCAGUCAAAGUGGACAUAAUGCGAGAACUUGUCCGAUAUAAGCAAUUGCUUUUCAUGUUGUUUUGAAAUACGGCUGGGUUUUGUGUUGUAAUACGGCUGGGUUUUGUGUUGUAAUACGGCUGGGUUUUAUUUUCAUUGAUUUGCACAACGGCUGGAUUAUUAUUUGUAAUACGGCUGGGUUUUGUGUUGUAAUACGGCUGGGUUUUUUUGUAUUGUGGUUGGGUUUUUAUUUUCAUUGAUUUGCCCGCUUCCCAUUACUCAAGAGAGACACAGACAUCGAAAAACGAAAUGUCCGUACUUAAUUGCCCUACGUUACGUAAUAGCCCCUACGUAAUUAUUGAUUAUAAAGUGGAAUACGAAAGUAGCGAAUUAAAUUAAGAGAAAUUAAUCUUCAUUGGCUGAGAUAAUGUUACUCACACGCCUAAUAAUUGUCGUGAUUUCUAAUGUCAGCUCUUUUAUUCAAACGCAGUUGAAAAAAACUUCCCCGCUAGAAACACGAAACGUCGCGAAGUCAAUUAAGGCUGAGUUAUUGUAAUACACGGCUGAGUUAUGGAUUAAAUUCCCGCUCAAAAUAAGAAAUAAGAAACGCCGCGAUACGAAACUACAACCGUUAACUGCAGAUAAAUAAGGUACUUCUCAAACAAUUACACAUCUUCAACUCUCUAUCUUUUACACAACUGUCCUCUCAGAGAAAAUGGAAUAUUUCCCUCUGCUUGAAUUGCCUGAAGAUCUUCAGGCAAUGGUGGUUGAGCGUGUGGCCCGUAACUCCUUCCAAGAUCUCUACCGCCUCAGAGCAUCGUCCAGGUCGAUGAAGGCGUUAGCAGAGAUGCGUAGGGUAUACCAUUAUUUCGAUGUGUUAUCCUUUCCCUGGGGUCUCAUUAUGCCAUCUCAGUUGUUGAAAACUUGCUACGCUGAGAACAAUCCAAGCA